AUGAAAAAAGGUUCAGUAUUCGCUAAUAAGAAAUGUCAUUUAGGAAAUGGAUAUGGCACACCCAUUAAUAUUUCAUCUACAUCAUCCUCUCUUUUUGAUAAUAGUCUUCAACAACAGAAUCCAUUAGGAUUGGCUCGAAAUUGGCAAGCUACACCAACAAAUACACGUCGCGCAGGUCCUUUUCAUCAUCAACAAUUAUUACAUCCAUCGAAUUCAUCUACAAAUAUUAAAACAUAUCCCAUGGCACCUACAACUGCUGUUACUGGAAAUACACCAAAUACCAGUAUUAUUAAUCGAGCUAAACCAUAUACAAUUCAAGGUCUUGUAGAAAAUCUCAAUGAAUUACUUGCUGAACUUGCUAUUCCUCAUUCUAUGCGUUAUGAAACAAAAUAUGGUUUUGAAGAUAUUCUUACUGUUCUCGAUCAUCUAUCAAAUCCAUCUCGUUGUGAAAAUCAACGUUUUCAACCGUUUCCACCUGCACCUCAACCAAAUAAACCCGGUGGAAAAGUUUCAUUAACAGAUCGUUGGGCAUAUUUAAAACAUGUUUUAUUAACAUAUCGUCUUUCAACAAAUGAACAACUUACACGUAUUAAACCUGAACGUACAAUGUCAAAUGAAAAUAUAAUGAUUAUGAUUGAUUUAUUAAUUCAAUUAAUAAAAUGUAUUAUUAAAAGUGAUCAUGAACAAGAACGUAUAUUAGGAAAUAAUUAUUUAAGAGAAUUUAAAUUAUUAAUGCGUCAAAUGUUUUGGAUUGGUCGACAUGAUCCAGUUGUUAUGGAAGAAUCAAUGUAUGAAUUAAGACAUCAUAUUUAUGCUAAAGAUAAUCUUGAAAUAGUUGAUAAAUUAAAACAUGAAAAACAAAUGAAUGAUAUGACAAUUGAACGUGAUCAACUUAAACAACAAUAUGAAAUAUUAAAAACAACUUAUAAUGAACUUGAAAAUGAAUGUACAAUAUUAACAACAUCAAAUGAAAAUGAUCUUAUUGAAUUUACAAAAAAACAAGAAGAAAUAUCAGAUGAGCAAGCUAAAUUAGUCGAAUUGACACAAAUUGUUGAACAAAAAGAAAUGGAUAAAAAACAUUUAACUGAUCGUAAUCAAUCAUUAUCAGAUCGACUUUUUUCUCAACAAACAGAUGCUGAAUUACAGCAUCAUAUUCGUUCAAAUGGUGAACUUAAACAACAACAUGAAGUUCUUCUUUCUACAUUACUUCUUGAACAACAAUUGCAUUCAACAGCAACUAAUGAACAUAAACGACUUGUCAAAGAAUUACAAGAAUCACUUGCUAAAUAUCAAAUAUUACUUAGUACAUAUAAACAUAAAGCACCUCGACCACCACCAUCUACUGUUGAUUUUUGUUUAAGUGAUAUUAUUGGUGACACAACAUCAAUUAUAGAUAAUGAUUCUGUAAAACAAGCACAAAUAGCAAUUGAAAAUUUAACAAAAGAAAUCAAUGUACAAGAAAUUUCACUUACACAACGUCAUCGUGAUCUUGAACAAGAAUCAAAAAAAAAAAUUGACGAACUUCAAUCAGCUGAACGUGAAUGGAAAUCAGCAGCUAAAAAUGGUCAACGACGUGCAGCUCAACAAAAUGAAUUAAGUCGUUUUCAACAAGAAAUUCGUUUAAUACGAACAAAAAUUCUUGAAAUUGAACGACGAAUUGAUGAAAGAAAAACUUCAACAAUUGAAUUAAAAAAAGAUUUCGAACAAAUUAAAUUAGGUAUUAUUGAAAUAUUAUCACGUUUUGAAUCCUUAGAAACAAAUUAUAUUAAUAAAGAAGAAGAACUUCGACGUGAAUUAUCAUGGUUUAUGUUAGAUCAAAUACAAUUAGCAAAAACAUUUCGACGUGAUGUUGAAGAAUUAAAACGUAUGCAACAAGAACAUAUGUCAAAAUUAGAUAUUCAUUUAAUAGCAUCAUCAUUCGAUGAACUUAUUCAACAACAAAUUAAUAAAUAUUAUCAUUAUAAACAUUCUGAAGAUGAUGAAGAAGAAGAAGACGAUGAUGAUGAUUAUUUUGAUGAAAAACGAAAAUUAAUAAAUGAAUUUGAUAAUUUACAUGAAGAACAUAUUAUAUGGUUAAAAAAGAAAAAAAAGAAUGCAAAAAUUACAAUAUCAAUUGUUGAACGAUUUCUGAGUACAACUUGUUAUGAUGAUCCAAUAAACGAUCAUUCAGGACCAGCACUUAUUAAAUAUAUGGCAGAUAAAUCAAAUGAAAAUAUUCAAUGGAUACAUCUAGCGUCUACAGUUGUCCCUGACAAUCAGACUCAUGUCAAGGAAACACUGCUGAAAUUAACUGAUGAAUUACGACCACAUUUAAUAUUGACAACUGGUGGAACAGGAAUUAGUUCAGAUGAUGUCACACCAGAAGCGACACGUGAAAUUAUUACAAAAGAAAUUCCUGGCAUUGCACAAACAAUGAUCGCAAAAUCAUUAGCAAUUACUCCAAUGGCAAUGCUUUCGAGACCGGUGUGUGGUAUUUAUCAACAAACAUUGAUUAUCAAUUUACCCGGUAGUAGUAAAGGAUGUGUAGAAUGUCUAGAUUUUAUUUAUCCAAUUUUAAAACAUGCUAUUGAUAUAAUUCAAAAUAAACGUAAUGAAGUGGCUAUUACACAUUCUGAUAUGCAAACAAAAACGAAUAGAAAACAUCAUUCCUGUGGUGGUGAUCAUCAUCAUCAUCAUCAUGUUGAAACAAGUAAUAAAGGUGAACGAUUACGACAUUCUCCAUAUCCGAUGAUAUCUGUUGAUGAUGCAAUGAAUAUUAUAUUUGAACAAACUAAUAAAAUGUCAAUAAUUGAUAAGCCUCUAACUGAAUGUUUGAGUUAUGUAUGUGCUGAAGACAUAUUUGCUAAGGAACCAUUUCCACCUUUUCGAGCAUCUAUUAAAGAUGGUUAUGCUGUUCAUUUAUAUUCCGAUCGAUCUCAUGAACAAAUCUAUGAAGUUGUUGGACGUUCAGAUGCUGGAGGAGAAAAUAUUAGCAUUCCACUUAUGGAAGGUCAAUGUGUAGUCAUCAAUACGGGUGCUAAAUUACCUGAUUCGGCUAAUGCUGUUAUUCAAAUUGAAGAUACACAAAUUCAUGAACGUCAUCCGACAAAAAAAGAUGGCUUAGAUGAAAAGAGUAUUCAUAUAAAUACUGAGUGUUCAAUUAAUCAAGAUAUUAGAAACAUUGGCGAUGAUGUUCAUAUUGGUGAACUUGUUCUAGAAAAAAAUAUUCCGUUAGGACCUGCAGAAUUAGGUCUACUUGCUACAGUUGGUUUACGAACAGUACGUGUUUAUAAUAAACCACAUGUUGUCGUUCUUUCAACUGGCAAUGAAUUAAUGCCAAUUGAUGCUUCAUCAACUGAUAAUGGAAAAAUUCGUGAUAGUAAUAAAAUUAUGCUUAUGAGUGCAUUACAAGAUUUAAACAUACAAUAUGUUGUUGAUGGUGGCACAGCAAAAGAUGAUGAAACAUCGGUUAUUCAAACAUUACAAUCAGCUUUCGAAUUAGCUGAUAUAGUUAUUUCAACAGGUGGUGUUUCUAUGGGUGAUAAAGAUCUUAUUAAAUCAAUAUUAACAGAACAAUUUAAUGCUACGAUUCAUUUUGGUCGUUUACAGAUGAAACCGGGUAAACCAACGACAUUUGCUACAUGUGAAGUCAAUGGAAAGAAAAAGCUAUUCUUUGGUUUACCAGGUAAUCCUGUAUCAGCUUUAGUCUCUUAUUGGUUAUUUGUUGUUCCUACACUUAAACGUAUGAUAGGACAUAUACAACCUCAUCAUCCAAUAAUUCGCGUUCAGCUUAAUCAGCCUAUUGAAUAUCUUGAUCCACGACCAGAAUAUAUACGUGUAAUCAUUGAAUGGUCAACAAAGUCUUCAAUUCCAAUAGCUCGUAUUGUUUCACCUGAUAAUCAAUGUAGUUCACGUUUACUUAGUGCUCGACGUUGUACAGGUUUAGUACGUUUACCAAGCAAAACUGAUGUUAAUCCAUCAUUUUUUAAUAUUAAUCAAGAUGGUCUUGGUCAACAAGUCGAUUGUUUGCUUUUGUCAUUGUAA